UUAAAAAACAAAUAAAUAAAAUAAUAAAAAAAUAAAUAAUAAAAAAUGUCUAUAAAAAGAUCAAACGUGAAAAAAAUACUGGACAACCAGCAAUCAGUGCAAGCAGUAGUGUUAGCCGACGACUUCUCUACAAGUUUACUAACCCCUCUGCAGCAUAUUUUCCCCAGCAUCCUAACCCCAGUCGCGAACAUCAACCUGCUGGACUACAUAGUGUUAUCUCUGCUCCGUUCAGAAAUAAAUGAGAUAUUUAUUUACUGCAGCAACCACAUCGACCUUCUAAAAAGCUACAUCUCCACCAAAAGGUAUGACGACAUAACAGUAUCCCUAAUCCUCUCCGACGGCUGUCGGUCUCUGGGCGACGCGCUCAGAGACAUCGACACUAAGGGCUGGAUCCGGGGAGACUUUGUCUUAAUCCGCGGAGACGCGUUCAUCAACACCAACCUGUCAACGCUGAUGAGCAAGCACAAGGCCAAGAAGGACAAAGACAAGGGAAUCGCCAUGUCCGUGGUCUUCAGGGACAUUGGCAGUUCCAGACACACCAACCUAACUUCCAACACUUGCUUCUGCGUCGUGAACAAACUUACCGACCAGCUGAUCUUCUACAAGCCCAGCAAUCUUGAAUCCCACCAAAAAAAACUCCAAUUCGAACUCAGCUGGUUUCUAGACCACGAGCAGAUCGAGAUUAACACCGGAUUUGUAGACACGCACGUCUACAUGUGCUCUCAGACUGUACUUUCUUUAUUUUCAGACAACUUCGACUUCCAGACAAUGGAAGACUUUGUCAAAGGCGUGCUGCUUAAUGAAGAAAUUCUAGAUUCUAGAAUUUACAGACUGCUUGUUGAAGCUGGUGAUUACGCGCUGCCGAUUUCUUCCUGGCCGGCUUAUCACACUCUAACUAGAGACAUUCUCCAGCGACAGAGCUACCCAUUGACUCCUGACAUGCUCGCGCCGUUCAAUGAUAUUGUCUAUUCAUCAAAAAGUACCUACAAGUACAAAAAUUCCGGUCUAGCUAGAGGUUGUAUUUUAAAAAAUGACUCCAUUGUCGGAAGCAACAGCCAGCCGGGCAAUAACACGCUUGUAAGUCGCUCUACUAUUGGGAAUAAUUGCAAAAUUGGAGACAAUGUUGUCAUAGACAACUCUUAUAUUCUAGACAAUGUAAUAAUUACCGAUAAUUGUACGAUUAAAAAUAGUUUUUUGUUCUCUAAUUGUAAUUUAACUCCCAAAACUCUGGUUGACACCUGCAUUAUCUCGGAGGGGGUUAAAGUACCCGAGAAUAAUUACAGCAAGUGUGUUUUAGAAGGUGAUAAGGGGAAGGUUAAGCUUGUGGAGAUGACUGACUACUUAGAGGAAGACAAGUUUGUCUUCUUUAAAAAAUUUACAGACUCAGAUGACCAAGACAAUGACAAUGAUGAUGUUGAUGAUGAUGAUAGCUCGGUUCUGGAAGAAACUAGCAGCAAGAGGAGUGGACAGUCUCCUGAUGAUAUUCCUGAUGACACUCAUAUAUUUUUAACUGAAGUUAUUGACAGUCUUCUUAGGGCUUAUCAGGAUAAGCUUAAUUGCGAGAAUAUUAUCUUGGAGAUUAAUUCUUCUAGGUAUGCUUACAAUGUUGGGAUCAGAGAGGUCACUUAUAAUGUUAUCAAAGGCAUUUUAUUGUUACCCAUGCAUUAUUUGGGGGAGGAAAAAAUUCCUGUGAAUAAUGCUAACUAUCAGAAGACUCUCAGGGCGGUGAUUAAUUAUUUCACUCCGAUUAUUUUGAACUAUGUUAAAACGGAUGAUGCUCAGGAAGAUUGUCUGGGUGCUAUUGAAGAAAUAGCGGGGAGUAAUGAAUUUGUUAUGAACUUCGCGCAGCAUUUGGUUCAUUUGCUUUAUGAUAAAGAUGUUUUGAGCGAGGAUAAAAUUAUCGAGUGGUUCAAUGCAGAUGAUACUGAUGAUGGAUUCUAUAGUGAAAAAAUUAGGAAAGUUCUUCAGCCUUUUAUUAAGUGGCUCAAUGAAGCCGAGGAAGACUCCAGUGAUGAAGAUAUGCGUUUGUCACGUAAUAUUUUUAUUAAAUUGACACUUCUCGGAGCAAUAUUGCUCGCUGCAUUAUAUUGUUUUCAAAUAUCAAAUGGUUAUCACUCGAAAUUUAAUUCACAAAAUAAACAAAAUGUUAUUGUCAAUGAGAAUCACUCGACCACCCUAGAAAGUAAUUUUAAAAAUCAAACAUUUGUAAAUAAAUUUAUUAAAUCAUUAGAUAAUACUAAAAAACCAACAGAUUACAAUGUGUGGUGUAUAUUUACUAAAAUAACUAAUAAUUCACCAAUGAAGAGGAAAUUUCGUAUUUUUACUGACUCAUUAAUAAAAUAUACGUCUGUUGAAAUAACUUAUCAUGUUAUUACUGACAAUGGAAGUAGGAUAAUUGCAGAAGGAAUUAUAAAUAAUAUUAUUUUAGCGUAUAAAAAAACUAUACAGGUGCAAUAUUACGAUGUACGUAAACUAGCGUUACAAUUGGAAGACAUUGUGUCGGUGAUGUCACCAAAGUUCAGCAGCAAGCCAGGAACUUACUACUCGGACGCGUUAUUUUUCCUGUCACUAGGUCUGCACAGGAUAGCGUCAGAGCAGCAGAAGCUGGCGGUGAUGCUCGACGUCGAUACUAAAUUUCGCAAAGACAUAAAAGAGUUGUUCAAGGAGUUUGACAAUUUUGGUCCUGAUGCUCUGUUUGGAUUGGCGCCGGAGCUCAGUCCUGUUUACCGCCAUGUGCUGUACUUGUACCGAACUCAGAAUCCAAGCACAGAGUUUGGAGAAGCUUACUCUUCUGGAGGAUAUCCUGGGUACAACAGCGGGGUAGUUUUAUUUAAUUUGGAGAGGCUCAGAAAUUCGUUGGAGUAUGACCAGAUUGUCAGUAGGGAUAUGGUUGAACAUAUAACUACUAAAUAUAGUUUUUUUAGGGGACAUUUAGGUGAUCAAGAUUUUUAUACUCUACUUGGUAUGGAAAGACCAGAACUUAUUCACACCGUCGACUGUGGAUGGAAUCGACAAUUAUGUACCUGGUGGCGAGAUCGGGGUUACGCUGAUGUCUUUUCCAAUUACUCACAAUGUGAUUCCGAGACAAAAUUAUGGCAUGGAAAUUGUAACACGCCUAUUCCAGUCAAUUAAA